CAAAAUACACAGAUUAUAAACAACUAUAUGCACACAGAGAGAUUUGUAUUUCACCUUUAUUAGAAGAGUUACGUCGGUUGACCUUACGUCACAUCCGCCGUUUUAUUUCCCCGGAAGUAAAUCUAAACAAGGCUCGCUGGGAAGAUGUUUCGCCUGUUUUUUUUUUUUUUUUACUGCUGGAGCACCAACUGUUUGCUAUAAAUAAAGCAUAAACACUUCGUUUCUGUCGAUCCUAAAUCUCAAAAGCCAGGAUGUCUUUCCCGUCCUCUGUCGGUGCGCAGGUGGCCGCCAUCAUGGACGUGUUGGCUAAAGCCGCGGUCGCUGAAAUCACGAAGCUGGUGGAGGACGGCGCUGUGGUCCUGCGGCUGGAGAUGUGUCAGAGGGGACAGCGAGAUCCGGGAGCUCAAGAGAAGCUUGACACAGAUGGAGGUUGAACUCUGCAAAGCUCAGGAGGCAGCACAGACCCGAGCCUGUGUGGACAAGCAGGAGCAGACAGACGAGCAGGUGCCAGGUGAAGGUGGUGAAAUGGAGGAUCAGGUAACAUUUGCAGUGUAUCUGGUACCGGAGACUACUGAUUCGGUCUGCAAGCCUGCAACACAUGGAGCCGAGGAGAGCCGCGAGAUGAGGCCAGUGGUGAAACAAGAGCCGCCAGAUGAACCGGCCCCCCAGGAAUCAACAGACAACACUACGGCGGUGAAUAUUUGCUUUGAGCGAGAUGAACUGAUCUGGCCUCCUCCUGCUUGUAGCUUGUUUGAGAACGGCUCUGUUGCAACGCAGGAGCAACAGAUGUUCUCUCCUCACGUUGAGCAAUAUCCUGCACAUAAAAAUACGACUGAUGCAGAGGAAAUCACGGAUGAAUCCCGAAGUGUGCGGAUAAAAGAAGAAAUGGAAAUAGAGGAUACAAUGGAAAACACUACAGGAGUGGAUAUUUGCUUAGAGCAAGAAGACCCGAUCUGGCCUCCUCCUGCUUGUAGCAUGUUUGAGAAAAGUCUUGUUGCAUCACUGGAGCAAACACAGGUUUUUGCCACACCUCACGUUGAGCGGUAUGCUGCACAGAGAAAUACAAACAAUGCAGAGCAAAUCACAGAGACAUCCCUCAGUGUGCAGAUGGAGAGACAACCAGUGUGCAGGGGAAGAACCACCGCAGAGCAUUUAAAUAAUGAACAUCUCAGGCAUGUUUUACACCCUGCUGUCAGACAGGAGCAGUGCUUACAACAAGUCAGGUUGUUAUUGACAUCUCCUCAUGCACAGAGACAAACAACCAAUAGGAUAGGACCCAACGUAGAGGAUCACAUCCGAGGUAGAAACAGCCCAAGGGCCAAAGCAGCGACGAAUGUUUCGAGGGCACACCAGAAACUGUUCACCUGCUCGGUCUGCAGCAGGGGCUUCCCCCGCAUGUCUCAGCUUGAAGAGCACAAGGCCCUGCACCGGCCCUUGAAAGCUUUCAGGUGCCUCGAAUGCGGGAAAUCGUUCACCCAGAAGAGACGCCUCAGAACGCACCAAAGCGUGCACACGGGAGAGAGGCCCUACAGUUGUAAGAUCUGCGGCAAGAAGUUUUCGAGGCAGGACAACUGCCUGAGACACGAGCGCUUCCACAGCGGGCUGAGGCCGCACAUCUGUGAGCAGUGUGGUAAAAGCUUCACUGUGCUGAGUAACCUCAAAACACAUCAAGAGACUCACCUGUUGGGGAGAUAGAGCUCAGACAGUGGAGGCUUUAAACGACACAUUUGAAAAGAAUUCUCUCAAACCUUUAUUUGUCCGGCCAGUAUACUUUUACAUUUUAACUGAUGCAACAAUCCUAGGCUGGGAGCAAAAUGUAACAUGCAGGUAUCAGAUCAGUACUUGGUUAAAACGUUAAUGAUUUAAUUUAAUUUUCGCAUGAGUCGUUUUUCUGAUGUUAUCACAAUCUUUUUGUAGCAUUAAAUAAAGCUUCUGGUGUCCUCUCCCUGGGUGAUAGUUUGUAAUGUUGAUUUGUCUUCAUGACGUUCUUUAAGAAAUCUCAAGUCACUUUUUCACCUUCAUUACACUCGAGUGGUUUCUGAGUGAUUUAUCAUAUUGCAUCAGACCACAACAAUUAUGAUUCAAGUUCAUCGAAGUAAAGAGGUUGUGGGUUUAAUGCAAUAAUUCAUUGUGAGUUUUAUAUUUGCAACCCAUUUCAAGUUGUACGUAUAUACACACUUUGUAAACCCUUGUUUAUUAUCAUAUAAAUGUAUUUAUAGUUUAAAUAAGUUUAGAUAUGAGUAAAUAAAGACAGACAUGUACUACAUUAAUUGCUAUACCUACCUGUUUUACAUUUUGAAAUGUGCUUAAAGGUAUAUUUGUUAGUUUGCUUAUAUUACGAUUCUAUUUAUUUUGCUUUUCUUCAAUGGUCUUUGAUUUGAUUGAGCAGUUCAUAAACAUGCGAACUGAAUACUCUUUAUGUUUGUAACCUAAAAGUUGAUAAAAUGGUUAUAUUAA